AGCGGGGGAGGGGAUUCGAAAAUACUUACAUUUUAGUUUUUCUUUUACCAAACAAAAACCCUCCUGUGCUCUGUCCCUGUCUCCAUCCAAACAAAACCCCCGAACCCAAGCUCCACUCUUCCAUUUCACUAAACCCGAUCAAUGUCAACCCUAAAGGAGAUCCUAACUCGCCGUCCUGUUGCCGCUACAAUCCGCCUCACUGUUCCAGCUGGCGGCGCUCGCCCAUCCCCACCGGUAGGUCCCGCGCUUGGUCAGUACCGUCUCAAUUUAAUGGCAUUUUGCAAGGACUUCAACGCUCGUACACAGAAAUACAAGGCGGACACCCCCAUGGCCGUCACGAUAACGGCAUUCAAGGAUAACACGUUCGAGUUUACCGUCAAAUCGCCUUCGGUUACAUGGUACUUGAAGAAAGCCGCCGGAAUCGAGUCCGGUAGCAGCCGGCCAGGACACGUGGUGGCAUCUACAGUGACUUUGAAGCACAUAUAUGAGAUUGCAAAGGUGAAGCAAUCUGAUCCUUAUUGUCAGUAUAUGUCUCUUGAGUCUAUUUCUAAGUCUAUUAUUGGUACUGCUAAUAGUAUGGGGAUUAAGGUUGUUAAGGAUUUGGAUUAGUGGCUAAAAUUUUCGAUAAUUUAUGGACUUUGAAGUGCUUCUUUUGCGAAUUGUAUUUGUAUGAGUUUACUUUGUCUGGUUCCAAUGUUGAACUGGCUUUUGCAUAAUCAAUAGAGAAUUUCUUGAGAUUUUGUUAAUUGAUGAAACA